UGCGCGCAUGCGCACAGGAUGUAAACAAUGCGGCAUGGCAGCGCGAGGAUAGAAGAGAUGAAUAUUAAUGAUGAUUCUUUUAUAACUGAACACAGAAACAAGAUGGAUCCUGUGAAGAAACGACUGACUGAGUUUUCACUGGAGGCUCAUGAUCUGUACCUGAACCGGUCCGUGCCGUACCUGGACGAGCCUCCAGACUCACUGCAGUUCCAUCGCGACUGGAUCGGACCCAACAAACCGUGCAUCAUCCGCAACGCACUGGGCCACUGGCCGGCGCUGACCCGGUGGACGCCACAGUACCUGAGGGAGAAGGUGGGGUCAAAGGUCAUCAGCGUGGCAGUGACCCCGACUGGCUUCGCCGACGCCGUCGACGGGGAUCGAUUCGUCAUGCCUGAAGAGAGAAGGAUGACCUUCUCCUCCGUCCUGGACAUCAUCGAGGGGAAGGUGUGUUCCUCUGGUGUGUAUUACAUCCAGAAGCAGAGCUCCAAUCUGCUGGACGAGCUGCCGGAGCUCACCGACGACCUGGAGCGUCACGUUCCCUGGAUGAGCGCCGCGCUUGGAAAGUUACCAGAUGCUGUGAACUUCUGGCUUGGAGAAUCGAACGCUGUCACCUCCAUGCACAAAGAUCACUAUGAGAAUCUUUACUGUGUGAUCUCUGGAGAGAAGAACUUCAUCCUGCUGCCGCCCACAGAUCGGCCCUUCAUCCCUUACGGUGUGUAUCAGCCAGCGGUUUAUCAUCAGCGAGAUGACGGCGAGUUUGAGGUUCUGGAUCAGAGAGACUGUGAGAAGGUGCCGUGGAUCCCCCUGGACCCCCUGGACCCGGACCUGGACCGGUACCCUCAGUACCGCCAGGCUAGGCCGCUUCACUGCAGCGUGAAGGCUGGCGAGAUGCUCUACCUGCCAUCGCUCUGGUUCCAUCAUGUGCAGCAGUCACACGGCUGUGUCGCAGUGAACUUCUGGUACGACAUGGAGUACGACAUCAAGUACAACUACUACCAGCUGCUGGAGUCGCUGUGCGACAUCACCGCUGUGACAUCACCGCUGUGGGACGUCACCGCUGUGAGGAGGGAGGGAGGAAUAAAUACUGUUGAUAAAGUUUAAAUUGAAGAAUUGAAUUUUACCUUUGAAACUUAAGAACAUUUGAUGUGAGCGACUUCAAGACUUUACCAGAGUCAUUUUCUUGUAUACAAUGUGAUACUUUAUAAAAAACUGUUAAUUUUCCACUGACGGAGGAAACAGAUAAUGCUCCUGUUACACUGGUUGACAAUCACCAUUAAAAACCAAGAAGUAGAGUGAACAACCAA